GGCUAUAACAGUGACUAGUUUCGGAUGAAGUUGCUCAACACACUGAAACGGCGAAAGAAUGGCAGAGGGCGGCACAGAAACACCACCCUGGUCUUCUCGUAUUCAGUGCAGAUACUACCUUCAUGGAGUUUGUCGUCAAGGAAACAGCUGUCACUAUGCACAUGAUAAGGACGCUAAACCUUCCAAUAUUUGCCGAUACUACCUAGCUGGGAGCUGUUCGUAUGGUGCAGGAUGCAGAUAUGACCACACUAGACCAAAACAACCAGCGGUGAAAUCAACACCAGCUCAAAGAAUACUGAAUCCAACACCAGCUCAAAGAGUGCUGAAUCCAACACCAGCUCAAAGAACGCUGAAUCCGUUACAAAAAAGAACUGAGAAAUCAGAACUAAAAAUGACAUCAUUGAAGAAAGGCGGCCAGACAAAAACACCAGAGCAACCUUCAACUCCAAAACCACCAGAACUGUGGGUCAAGGCAACAGAAUUUGUUCCCGGAAAACCAUAUGUAUGUUCCUCGAUACCUGCUUCUUAUGCCAAAGCUACCAAAGAUGAAGAUGUGCCUCCAAGUUCUAAAGCGGAGCCUGUCUCUGAUGGGCAGUUACUAUGUCCAUAUUUGGCCAAAGGAGUGUGUCCGUAUGAAUCAGAGUGUGAAUAUAUCCAUGGUGAUGUCUGUGAGAUGUGUGGAAUGGCUGUUCUCCACCCAUCCGACAAGAGUCAGAGAGAGGAGCACAUGAAGAUGUGUGUAGCAGAACUUGAGGAAAACAUGGAGCAUUCGUUUGCCAUCGCCCGCAGUAAAGACAAAGCGUGUGGAAUAUGUAUGGAAAUCGUGAUGGAGAAGCAGCCGUCCUCAGAACAGAGAUUUGGAAUCAUGUCUGACUGUAACCAUACCUUCUGUCUUUCCUGCAUCCGGAAGUGGAGAGGUGCUAAACAGUUUGAAAGAAAGAUUGUCAGAGCAUGUCCAGAGUGCCGAGUUAAUUCCAACUUUGUAACGCCCAGCAAGUACUGGGUAGAAUCGGACGAGGAGAAGAACAAGCUAAUCUCUGGCUAUAAAGAUGCAUUACGUAAUAAAACUUGCAAAUACUUCAAGAAUGGUUCAGGAGACUGUCCCUUCAACGACAAGUGCUUCUAUCUUCAUGCUUUUCCUGACGGAACAAUAGCAGAACCUAAGCCACGAGUCAGGCGAAGACGGCAGAAUGCAGAUGGUGAUAUUGACGUGAUGGGUCGGGUCAAUCUCUGGGACUUCCUGGAGGAGUAUGACAAUCGCCUGGAUCAGCUGUUCCUGUUAGAGCUGGAGGCGGAGCUGGAUAAUGUGUUGCUGGACAUCUGGUUUACUGGGGAGGAGUCGACGGACGACGAGGAGUUUUGAUAAUCCUCCUUAUGUAUAGUUUGUCAGUUACAAUGUGUUAAGAUGAUGUUCAGUUCUAGCUACAUCAGUUUAGUUUGAUUGUUGACUUCUUCAUGUCACCAGAGUUAUAUGAUAGAAUUGAAAUGUUUUGCCACGUGUCUUGUUUGUUUGUAUCAGUUGAUCAGAUUAUUGUAGAAUCACAAAGCUUCAUUCAUGAUUUAUGAACUCAAGAUACGCUUCUAAAUCACAUGAUACGUUCCUAAGUCACAUGAUUAAAUACAUCAUAGUCAUAUGACUUCUUCAUUUCAAGGCAUGCGACUAGGCGGUAUCCAGUUCUUCGCUGAACAGAUGCAAGUCACAUGACUAGAUGGCAUCAAGUUAAAUCAUGUGACUACAAUUUCAAAUGAUAUGACAUGUAGUUAAAUGGCACAUCUGUAUUUGGGUUAUGAUAUUUAUUUCUAUUAUAGUAUAUGUUGUGUUUUACAUUUCUUAAUCUGAUUAUUGAUGUGCGUUUGAUUAAUUAAAAACAUUUCCAGCUAUAUUUAUAAUUUUAUGUUCAAAAUUGUCCUGUGUUGUGCCCAGAUCAAUCUACCAGUAUUAAUUGUGUGACUGGUCUACCGAGAUGUUUAUGUUGAUUUUGUAAAAUAUUACACCUGA